AUGUCUCUUCCUCAAAAUAUUCGUGAAUGGCGCUCAAACGGCGGCGGUUACAAAAACUUCAAACUUGUCGAAUCUCCUAUCGAGGAGCCUAACCCGACGGAGGUCCUUGUCAAGGUUCAUGCCGUUUCCUUGCAGUACCGCGAUCUCAUGGUCUCGACUGGACAAUAUCGCGGCUCAAAGCCGAACGUCAUCCCUGGUUCUGACAUGGCUGGCGAGAUCGUCUCAGUCGGGCAAGAUGUCAAGGGCUGGAAGGUCGGCGACCGCGUCUGCUCCAACUUCUCGCUCGAUCAUCUCCAUGGUGACACCACCCCGGAGACAUGGGCCACCAGCCUCGGUGGCGCCGUUGACGGUGUCCUCAGGGAGUACAUGAAGGUCCCUGCGGUAUCGCUUGUUCGCAUUCCGGAGCACCUGUCGUAUGAAGAAGGAUCUACGCUUCCCUGCGCAGCCGUAACUGCCUACAACGCCCUUCUUGGUCCUAAGCCCCUCAAGGGCGGCGACACCGUGCUCAUCCUCGGCACAGGCGGAGUCUCCAUCUUCGGCCUUCAGAUUGCUGUCGCUUCUGGAGCGGAGGUCAUCGUCACCUCUUCAUCGGAUGAAAAGCUCAAGAUCGCCAAACAGCUCGGCGCUCACCACACUAUCAACUACAACACAAUCCCCAACUGGGACGAGAAGGUCUUAGAGAUCACCGGCGGUAGAGGGGUUGACCAUACUAUCGAAGUUGGGGGACCUGGCACGAUCCCGAAGUCCGGAAACGCGAUACGUAUGGGUGGACAUAUCCAUGUUAUCGGGCACGUAGCGCAGGGCGAAAGCCAAGUUCCUAUCCUAAACAUUAUCUUGAAAGCCAUGAACUAUCAUGGUGUGCUAGUUGGCUCGGUGGCAUCAUUCAACGCCAUGAACCGCCUCUUUACUGCCCGUAACAUCAAGCCCGUCAUCGAUAAGGUCUUCCCCUUCGAGCAGACCGUCGAUGCGUACGCCCACCUCGAAUCGCAAAGGCAUGUUGGCAAAGUCGUCAUCAAGGUCUCCAAGGAUUGAUUGUGCCACGCCAAAGGGAUGCUGUGGACUAGUCUUGCUCAUUCACUCAAAUGAAAUGUUAUUUUUCU